AUGCAGCUACAUCUCCGGGUUCCCUCGUCCAUCUCCGUGCUUGCCCUCGCCUCCGCGUACCUCGGCUGCGGCGGCAGCGCUCGCGCGGCGGCUCAGGACCCACGCGAGCCCUUCACCCGUUUUCCCGCGCUCGGCCAGGAGGAGGAGGCACGGCAACUGGAGGAGGCCCGGCGACCGCCCAAGGCGAAGGAGCCGAAGAAGACGGACGUCGGCAUCUCGCCCGAGGUGCUCCAGAAGCUCGCGGAGGCCGAGGCUGAGCGGGAGGGUCUCAAGGGCGAGGACAAGGAGAAGGCGUCGACUGUGCUCCAGGAGCAGCUCGAGAAGAUCCUCGCGCAGGCGCGGGCGGUCGCGGACGAGGACGUGCGCUCGCCCGACUCGGAGCGCCGGAUGCGGUCGGAAUUCGAGGGCCUGAUCGGCAUGCUGCAGCCCGGCGCCGGCGUCACGCGCGAGGACGUCAAGGAGUUCAAGGAGAAGGUGUUCGGCCCGCAGUCCUUCUGGGUCACGGAGAUGCGGCCCUCCGAGGACGUCGUCGGCGGCUGGCUCGUGCGCGGCAACCUGCGCGCGCCGCGCGAGGACGUGUUCGAUGCUGCACGCGCUGGCGCUGAGAAGCUGUUUGGCGACCGGUACGAGGUGCUCAUGGUGGCCGACCCCGACGCCGCGGCGGACGACCCGGACCCGCGGGGCGGCCCGCGGCCGGCGUUCAUCCUCGUGCCGUCUGCGGCGGUGCGCCCGGAGUCGUCUACUGGCUGGCAGGUGCUGGCCGCAGCCGUGCUGCUCUUCCUCACCGUCGGGUCCUGCUUCCAGCUAGGCGUGGUGGCGAACGUGACGCGCCUGCCCCCGGAGGCGCUCGCUGCGCUGUCAACUGCCGCGGACCUGGACCCGAACGCGCCGCUGCCGGGCCUGGACGACCCCGAGGUGCUCGCGGACUACAUCGCGUCGUCGCUGCCGAUCAUGUUCGGCGCCGUCGGCGUCAACGCGACGCACGAGCUCGGCCACCGCAUCGCAGCUGCGCUGCGUCAGAUCAAGUUGGGGCCGUCCUUCUUCCUCCCGAACUCCCAGCUGGGCUCCUUCGGCGCAGUUACGCAGCUCAAGUCCCUCGCGAACAACUACUCCGACCUCUGGGACGUGGCCGCCGCGGGGCCGCUCGCCGGCGCGCUGGUGUCGCUCUCGCUCUUCGGCAUGGGCCUCGCGAUGACCGCGGACCCCUCCCAGGCCCAGGCGGACCUCGUCCCCGUCCCCACCGCGCUCUUCCAGGGCUCGCUGCUCCUCGGCGGCGUCGCGCGGGCCGUCCUGGGCGAGACCGCGAUGGCGGCCCGCUCCAUUGGCGUGCACCCCUUCAUGAUCGCGGGCUGGUGCGGCAUGGUCACGACGGCCUUCAACGUGCUGCCCGUGGGCAACCUCGACGGCGGCAGGAUGGCGCUUUCGUCGCUGGGCCGGCCAGGCCUCAACCUGACGUCCUUUGCUACCUACGUCGGGCUGGCUCUCGGCAUUCUGGGCUCCUCGCUCGCGCUCCCGUUCGGGCUGUACGUCAUCUUCCUGCAGCGGGAGCCGGAGCGGAACGUGCGGGACCAGGUCUCGCCGGCUGCGGGGUACCGCGGCUGGGCCACUGCGCUGGCGAUCGCGCUGGCGGUGCUGGUGCUGGUGCCCAUCGCGCCGGAGAUCGGACAGGAGAUCGGGAUCGGGUCCUCGAGUUACACGAACAGCGGAGGGCCGUACAUCUGA